AUGGUCGCGACAUAUGCUCGCCCGCCGCCCGUCUUCGUCCAAGGCGAGGGUUCGUGGCUGUGGGACAUUGAGAACCGCAAGUACCUCGACUUUACGGCGGGAAUUGCCGUGACGAGCCUGGGACACAGCGAUCCCGAGUUUGCGGACAUUAUUGCUGCACAGGCCAAGACGUUGAUUCAUGCUUCGAACCUGUACUACAAUCCCUGGACCGGCGCGCUGUCGAAGCUGCUCGUCGAAAAGACACUCGAGUCGGGAUGCAUGCACGAGGCGUCAAAGACUUUCAUCUGCAAUUCGGGCACCGAGGCCAACGAGGCCGCCAUCAAGUUUGCCAGGAAAGUGGGCAAGAUUGUCGAUCCGUCCGGCGACAAGGUUGACAUUGUGUCAUUCAACCAGGCCUUCCACGGCCGUACAAUGGGCGCCCUCUCUGCGACGCACAACCCCAAGUAUCAGAAGCCCUUUGCGCCCAUGGUGCCUGGCUUCAAGCAGGGAACAUUCAACGACGUUGCCGGCAUCAACGACCUCGUCAAUGAAAAGACAUGCGGUGUCAUUGUCGAGCCUAUCCAGGGCGAGGGAGGCAUCUACGCUGGCAGCGAGGAGUUCAUGGUGGCGCUGGCCAAGCGAUGCCGUGAAGUCGGCGCCGUCCUGAUCUACGAUGAGAUCCAGUCCGGUCUCUCCCGUACCGGCCAGCUGUGGGCUCACGGCAGCCUCCCCAAGGAGGCCCACCCAGACAUCUUGACCACGGCCAAGGCGCUCGGCAACGGAUUCCCCAUCGCCGCCGUCCUCGUCACCGAGGCCGUCGCUGAAAAGAUCAAGCUUGGUGAUCACGGCACCACCUUCGGCGGCAACCCCCUCGCCUGCCGCCUGGCGCACUACGUCGUGUCCAAGCUCUCGUCGCCCGAUCUCCAGGAGAGCGUGCUGGCCAAGUCGCGGGUCUUCACGGACCGCUUCGCCAAGCUGCAGGCCAAGUUCCCAGACCUCAUCACCGAGUCUCGUGGCCGUGGACUUAUCCUGGGCUUGCAGCUGACGGAGGAUCCUACGCCCAUUGUCACCGCUGCGCGCGAGAGGGGUCUGUUGGUGAUUACGGCGGGAACAAACACGCUGCGGUUCUUGCCGAGCUUGGUGAUGACGGAGGAGGAGAUUACGCAUGGUCUGGAUAUCUUGGAGGAGGCCAUUGUUGCUACGCGGUCGUAG